CAAAUUCUUGUUAUUGUGGAUCAUGCUGAAAGUUUGCACUUAAUUUACUGUAUGGUAUGACUCAUAUUUUCUGCAAAUGUAUUUCUGUGUGUUACAUGCAAUGAAUGGUACCUCUGUUAGAUGUGUUCUUGAACAUGAUUGGCUGGAUUGCUCAGGGGGAGGGGCUACUUGGCAUCCCAUUUGAUGAACCCUCAACAGGCGACAAUCCUCAGCUUGUGUUUCUCUCAACGUAACCAUGAAAAUAGCCUUUGUGACUGUAUUUUUGGGGAUGCUGUACCUGAUAGACGCCCAGGCCAGCAUCCAACCGCAGAAAAGCUUUGACCUUCAAAGGUUUGCAGGUAAAUGGUAUCGGGUCGGGUUCGCCUAUGAUUCUCCAGGCUUUGUUCCCUAUAGAAGCAAACUCACCAUCUCUAUGGGCAUCGUGGAACCAAAAGAAAAUGGGGAUGUUGAUAUGACAAUGUGGAAUUUAAAGCCCUCCAGCUGCCAGCGUAAAGUCUAUGUUUAUGAGAAGACAUCUGUGCCUGGUGUAUUUAACUAUUACAGUACCCGUCACAAAAGGGUGAAGGAUGUUACGGUCGUGGAGACGAACUACACAGAGUAUGCGCUGGUCUUCAAACACAAGAAGUUCAAUAAGGAGUACACACAAGUGGCCCUUUAUGGCCGUACUAAGAAGUUAAGAAGUGAUCUGAUAGAGAAGUUCAAAGCUUAUGCCAUAGCACGAGGCUUCUCCAGAGAAUCCAUACUGACUCCACCACCUGCUGACAACUGCCCUUCAUCAGGAUAUUAGUACCUGUUUCUCUUCAGCUUCACGACAACAUGUCACACAAUAUCCAAACUUUUCUCUUUUACAUAUUUAUUUCUGUUUAUAUACAUUCAUGCUGCUUUGUCUCCACUUACCUGUAAACCUAGAAGUUUGUAUGCCUUUACAUUUAUAAAUAAUAAUAAGGACAAAAUGCGUGUAAAAGUUUUAAUAUAAAAUUUUAUGAUAGAAGACUACAGUAAUAAAUACAGUAUUGUUCAUUGUUAGCUAAUGCAUUUAUUAAUGUUAUCAAAUACAACCUUACUGUAAAAUAUUAAUUGGGUGAUUUUACUGUACGCACUUUAAGUCGCACUAUAAGUCGCACUUUUUUUAUAGUUUGACUGGUCCUGCGACUUAUAGUCAGGUGCGACUUAUAUGUCAAAAUAAAUUUAUACUGACUAACAUGAAAGGUGCUCUAAGCGAAUUCACGCGGUUUAGACCAUAACAUUUUUUUGUUACAUACAGCAAACAUCUCCUCACUAUCUGCUCGCUGCCUGUCCGCUGAUCAAACUGUAAAAAAACGCAAUCUUUGUAGACAGCCUAACUGCAAUAAAAACAAAGUGGCCAAACCUACGACCAGAAACGAUAACAAAGUGUUCCAGCCAAUAAACGACAAGAAGGAUUUGGGGGUGGGGGUUGGGCACGUUCAUGAAAGCACGGAAGGGAGGGGGAGGAGUAAAGGGCUCGUUAUAGCCGUGCGUAGGUCCUACGGCGUAGCAGCAACGGCGUAGGUUCCGCGUCGGUUUUCAUUUAUACUUUUGCAUCGUCGUCCGCGUCGACGUGCAAACACACGCGCGACCGCUGGUAGGCAGUAUCCACGCGUGUAACCACAGUAGCAGCACAAACGUGAAAGAAGAAGAAGCUUAGCAAGUUAACCCACAAACGAAGAAGAAACAGCAACUUGUUGUGUGUAAUUUGAGAAGACCAGCAAUGAUGGAAGUAAAUAAACAACGACUUUUGAUGCAGUUUGAGUUAAAUCACUCCUCAACUUGGCUCAUCUUUGUUUUCACCGUCACAAACGGAAAUACCUAUGACGCAGUUUUUUUUACCUGAUGGGAGGGGUUCUGGUGGACCAAUCACAGCGCUUGCGGUCCGCGUAGAUCUGACGCGCUGUUAAAUUUUUUGUGAGGUGCGCGUCAGGCUACGCAGAGCUACGCACAGGCUACGGAUAGCCUACGCCGUAGCUACGGCGUAGAACCUACGCACGACUAUAAAUCGCCCUUUAGCUACGCU